AUGACUUCAGCGAAAAAGAUUGAUAUCGGGUCUUUGGCUGGGGCUGCCUUGGUCUCCAAGGACGUCGCCUCGCUAGACGUUGUGCAAGAGCAGAUUCGCAUACUGCAUCUCGAGCCUGGAUGGGGCUCUACUCUUAUCUCUUGCACUAUCCAUCGCAUUUCUCUGACUUCUGAUCCGCCUCCAAAGUAUGAGGCGCUCAGCUACACAUGGGGUGAUCCCAAAGUUACCCGGGAGGUCAUCGUGAAUGGCUACUUAGUUAACGUCACCUUUAACCUCUACUCGGCACUCUAUCGUCUUCGUCAACCUGAAAAGAUACGUAUCCUGUGGGUUGAUGCGCUGUGCAUUAAUCAGACUGAUGUGGAUGAGCGUGGUCAGCAGGCGAGUUCUAACAUGAUAGAGACGGUUCAAGAAUGCGUUCUUCCUCAAAGAGCAACAUUUAUAUACGGUCCUGUCUCGAUCGAACUGAAAUUCAUGCUUCAAGCAUUUUCUGCUUUGAGUCGUCACAUGUUGGCAGACUGCUGCAGUACAACGAGUGCGCAGACAAACCCAGAACUCAUGCCCCAUCUUCGCAAGCUAGGCCUCGCCAUGAGGCCCAUUGACCAGCUCAGAAACGAUCGAAGGGAAGGACCCGAGAUUUCUCUGUGGACGGCCUUGAGCUUUACUCGGUCCCGUUUCGCUACCGACGAUCGUGAUCGUGUCUUUGGUGUGCUCGGUCUCGUUAAUUCGUGGAUGAGAGAGCCCAUCAUGCCAAACUACAGGGCCAAGACUGAGGAAAUCUACACACUGGCAACCCUUGACGAGGUACUCGCAACAAACAGUCUAUCGCCUCUGCAUUUUCCGCUGCAAAAGGAUGUUUACCAAGAUGUUCCUUCCAACCCUUCGAGACUACACAAAACCGGCGAGCCUUUUCUCGAUGCUUUCUGGAAGUGUCUUUGCUGGGAUCUUGUCCUUUCGGUGGACGGACCAGCUGAAAAAGCUCAUUUUAGGAGAUCAAAGGAAACUACAGAUAGCUACGAGGCUUUUAUGGCAUUUGCUCCAGUAUCGCCUUACUCGGUAUUCCAUCCGGAGGGUCUUUCUCCAGAGGACCGAGAGGCAGCUGUGCGCUUUGAUCCAAGGUUUGACAUUGGCCAAUAUGCUGGAACGCAGGAGCACACAUCGGAAACCUUCGUCACGGAGCAGUUGAUUGGAGGCAUAACUUUGAACACGGCCAUGUUUGCGACUGAGUCUGGGUACUUGGGACUGGGACCUGCCGAGACGCAGGUCGGAGACGAAGUGUGGUGCCUAUUUGGUAGUUGGAUGCCUUUUGUGCUAAGGCCAACGGGAAAGACCCGAGAAGUCGCCGAUGGAGAAGGAGAAAAGCCGUUGAAUUCGGUCUUGGGGAUCUGCUAUGUACAUGGGGUUAUGGAUGGUGAAGUUGCCGAUGACGAGAAUCUACCCAUCGAGACGGUCUACCUUGCUUAG